UGAACCCGAACCUUCAAUUAAGAGUUUUUGUUUUUUUUUUUUUUUUACAUUUAGACUUAAUUCUCCGACUUGUUAGGAGCGUUGGGAAUGUGAAAGCCAGGUAAACCUUCACAAUGAAAGGAUUAGCACAACUUGACCUCAGAGGCUCCCUGACAAAGUGUUCUGCACAAACUUCAGCCCACAGGACACAAACACAGCCCCGGGCCACACCUUAGCAUUGCUGGUUCAUAGCAGUGUUUCCCUGUCCUCUUCUGAAACCUUUUCAACAUGGACUCAAACAAUAGUAGACCUGGCAAGCGUCCUCCUAUACACACAAUGCAAAACUAUGUCUAAGCUCUGCAAGAGCUAAGUGUCACAGUUUUUUUACAGCAAGUGCGGGGCAGGAGUCAGGCUGGCUCAGGCUCGCAGGACGUUCUAAUGGGCUUGGUUUUCCGGAAAGCCACGCAGUCCGCUGCACUUCUGCUAGCCCUGCUGGGAUGGGUUUUAGCCUGCCUCACCAACUACUUGCCCCACUGGAAGAACCUCAACCUGGACCUGAACGAGAUGGAAAACUGGACCAUGGGGCUCUGGAAAGCCUGCGUCAUCCAGGAGGAAGUGGGGAGGCAAUGCAAGGACUUUGACUCCUUCCUGGCCUUGCCAGCUGAACUCCAGAUCUCCAGGAUCCUGAUGUCUCUGUCGAAUGGGCUGGGGCUGCUGGGGCUGCUGGGCUCUGGCUGUGGCCUGGACUGCUGGAGGCUCGGAGAGAGCCAGAAGGGUCUGAAGAGGCGGCUGCUCAUCUUGGGAGGGUUCCUGCUCUGGACUUCGGGCGUGCUGGUCCUGGUUCCUGUCUCCUGGGUGGCCCACGUGACGGUUCAGGAGUUCUGGGAUGAGACCCUGCCUGAGAUUGUGCCCAGGUGGGAGUUUGGGGAGGCCCUUUUCCUUGGCUGGUUUGCUGGCUUCUGCCUGGUGCUGGGAGGGUGGUUGCUCCACUGUGCAGCCUGCUGGAGCCCGGCUGCCCCCGCCUCGGGCCACUAUGCAGUGGCAGGAUUGCAAGACCACUGUCAGCAGCUGGAGCUGAAACACGCCAGCUCAGAAAUCUAAGCCAGAUGGAUCAGUGGCCUUUCUACUCUUCAGCAGGUGCUCGCUCCAGCCGGACUUGGUAGGAUCUCCUGCUAAAAUCACCCCUACUCAGUGUGAUUUUGAGUUCCCGAAAUGCAUACUUCCUUUCUGUGAUUAUUAACUUCUAAAUACAAUUUUCUUUCUACAAUUGCGUAUUUUCUAUUUGGAGCCAGAUGAAUCUGGGUAUUUUGAAGUAAUCAGCCAUUAGUGAGCUUUAGAACUUUGUCAGCCUUUAAAAUAGGCUGUGAUUGCACACACACAGGGAGUGGGGAAACCAAACCUCAUAGGAGCGCUUUUGUGAAAGGGUCGUUCACGUGGAGAGGAGUCUUGUGGGAAACAGACGUCAUGUUGACCGUGUACUUUCGCGUAUCUAAAGUAACUUAGGAGACUAAGAUCUCAGUAGAUGCUUAUUUAAAAUACAUGACAACUGAGGACAAUAAAAGCAGCAACAACAAGAACAAAACACUUGCUUGGUCCUGACUCAAUGGGACACCCCCUUUCCAGAGACCUUUCUCUAGAGAGUUCUUCCCACGUCAGAAAAACAUCCAUGCCUGCCUCUAAACAGAGCGGUUCUCGUGGAUUCUGGGAACUCAGGUAGAAUGUGCCACGCAAAAGUGCACCUCCUUCUGCCCCCGUGUGGUGGGGUGGAAUGUCCUGCCUGCUUUGGCUCUGUGGCAGAGGUCGGGACUGGCGUGUGUGGGUGGGCACAGUGCCUCCUGGGACGGCUGCCUCCUUUGGAAGAACGCUGCCAGCUCGGGUAGGGUAGCCGGGGCUCACAGACUAAUCAGCCCUUG